CCGCUGCUAUAGUUCAUUUUAUUCAAAUCGAUUAAUCGCAUGGCCAUUAAUCGGUUUUCCAAAAAAAUCGAAUUUGGCAUCCCUAACCGAUUUUUAGAAAAAUCAUUUUGUGAUUUUUUGCUAACUGACGCAUCGUGGGAAGCUUAGUUCGCGCUUUAGAAUAUAUUUAUUUUCUCUUAAAAUGUCUGGUAUAGCGAGUGCACGUCUAGCCGAAGAGAGAAAAGCUUGGCGCAAGGAUCAUCCCUUUGGUUUUGUUGCUCGACCUAUGAAAAACCCCGAUGGAUCACUUAAUUUGAUGACAUGGGAGUGCGCUAUACCGGGAAAAAAAGGGACUCCAUGGGAAGGUGGAUUAUACAAGCUACGUAUGAUUUUUAAAGAUGACUACCCCUCAAGCCCACCAAAAUGUAAAUUUGAACCACCUUUAUUCCACCCAAAUGUUUAUCCAUCUGGAACAGUAUGUCUAUCCCUGUUAGAUGAGGAAAAGGACUGGCGUCCUGCUAUAACCAUCAAACAAAUUCUGCUCGGCAUUCAAGAUCUUUUAAAUGAACCUAAUGUCAAAGAUCCUGCUCAGGCUGAAGCUUACACAAUUUAUUGUCAAAAUCGGCUAGAGUAUGACAAACGAGUUCGAGCACAGGCACGUGCCAUGGCUGCAACUGAGUAAAUUGGUAAAACUGGACACAUUUAUAUCAGUUACCUCACUGAGUGGCAGGAGGCCGGCCUACUUUUUGUACAGAAUAUGGACCGAGCAUUGGUAUUUGUAUAUCCAUUCGACUAUAACACCAGUCUACAAGUCAAAACCAAAUAAACAACUAAAAAAUCAAGAUGAGAUACCAAUCACUCAUUCAAAGUAUGUUGAAUAAGCUGAUUUGUUUGAAAAUGUUUAUUCAAAUAAAUUUUUUUUUUGGAUUAUCAACAUUAAGACGGUUUUUAAAAAUAAUCAGACUAAUUUAUUAUAUCAAUAUUGGUGUCUUAUUUUGACAUGAUUCUCUAAACCUACACUUAAUUUGACAAGUCUAUCCUUGUCAUUCUGUAUACAGAAUAGAAUAUAUAGAAAAGAAAAAAGAAUAAUGUUAAAUUUAGUUUUAAGUUUAGAGAAUCAUGCCAGUAUCUACACCAUUGUAAGAACAGUGCUGUGUGUGCAUUAAUAAACAGACUAAAAUGCAUUAGAGAUUUAAUUUCAAAAUUAGCUUUAAAUGUUGUAAAAUAAUGGGAAGUUAAUUUGUUACAAGGUCUUAUUAUAACUUGGUUUUGCCUGGGGAUAGCAAAUUCACUUUAUUUUAAAUACAUGAAUGCUACAUUUUUUAAAUAAAAACCAUUUUUUUUUAUAAUUUGAAUAUUAAAAAAAAACAACCCAAACAUUAGCCAACAAUUUAUGAAUUCAUCAGAAAUUAAUGAAGUCAUCUGGUAAAGAAAAGUUUGUAGCGAUAAUAUAGGAGUGAAAUGAUCUAGUAAUUUAUCCAGAUCCAGAUGACUUAUAUGCAAGACUUACAUGUUCAAGAUAUUGUAUUUUAUUAGUGUGGACUAGCUAGCCUAUUCACUAACUUUUUUUUGACAUUUACAGUGAGUAAAUAAAGAGAAAAAUGCAAUGCUUUUCAGAACAAGUCAUCUUAGUUUUGUUACAAUAAAGCAGUAGUGAAUCACUAAAUAGCUUGGUGAUUAUCACUUACGUCUGUCAAAAGCAGUUAGCAAAUAGGACUAUAGAUCCAUUAGUGGGUCUAAAAUGGCGAAAUUGGAUGAAACAUCUAAAAUAUGUUCCAUUCAUAAAUUUUAUUAAUUGUUUUGACAUGAUGUUUGAUUGAAAUGGACAUUUUACGCAUUCUAUAAGGUGGCACCCUCUCAAAUUAACUUUUGAUUACAUAACAUGUUCAUUUGGUGUUUCAAGAACUACCUUUACAGUAAUGAGUUUGAAAAAAUUAAACAUUACAUUAUUAAGAAGAAUCUGACACGGCCAUCAGGGCAGUGGUGGCAAAAUGGUCAGUGCAUCCGCGGACGUAGCGGAGAGUGCGGGGUCGAGUCCCGUCUGCUGCCUGGCCCGCGUGUACUUUUUUCUAUGAAAUUUUUCUUUAUUUUUAAACAUCUAGCAUUCUUAUCAUGCAUUCUUUCUUGUUUUGACCCAUAGUCAGAGUUUUCUAAAAUCGAUACAUUGCAUUUCAUCUGCAUACAAACCAUUUUCUGAAGAUCAGACAAAAUUUGGGUUCAUUGUCACAUCUUUCUUGAUUCCAUCUCAUUUUUAAUUUAGUACUUUUGUGAUCAUAAUUGCCACACAUAGUGAACACACUUGAAAAGAUUUGCAAUGUUGCCAUUUUACCAAAAGGGUCCCCAAAAGCAACUUGCAAAGAAUAGGCACUUAUUGCUGUUAAAAAACAUUUGUAUACUUACUUUUGGUCUGGACUCAAUUUAAUUAUUGGAAAUAUUUAAAUGACCCUCAAAAAUAAUAAAUUAUUACCUAAAAAUACAAGGUUAGGUUUUUAGUAUUUAUUGAUGAUUAUUUAAAUAUGUGCCUUAAUUAUUAGGAAGGCAGUUGUCUCAGCAUUUGUAUUAUAAAUAUUUUGAAUAUGAAAUCACUGUUCUUCUGCCACUCAGAGUUAAACAUGGGCUAACAAUUUAAUCAAAGAGACAAGUACAUUUAUUAUGUCUCAAUGACUAAAUCAAUAAAUAACAAUUAAUUUAAAACUAGAGAUUCCAAUUAUGUAGGUAAGUAUUUUAAAAAGUCCCUUAAACUUGGUAAUUGCUACUUACUACUCACAUGAUCUACUUUGUAAUUAAGUUAUAUUGUCUGUAUAAUUUAAUGGGUUUUCUUGGCAGAGCUGAUAGGUACACGCAGUCAAUGGUUUCAGAAUGGAUUAAUAUGACAGACUAAUCUUCUGCUUGUUUCCAUAAAUAAAGUUGGCAGUAGUGAUAUAAGCACUUGUGACUCCAAUACUUCUCAUAAUAAUUUAAAGCAAUCUCAAAUAUGUUAUAAAGUGCAUUUAAAUUGAUUGAUUUUAUUGUAUGGUAGUCACAUCUCACAUGUAAUAAUAUGUGUUCUUUGCAAUACAUAACAUGCAUUAUGUUCCAUUCAUAAGAAGGUUAAGUCCAAAAUACAUAUCCUUACAUGUGAAUGACAGAAUUAGAAUAAAUAAAGAAUUAAAAUUAUAAAAAAAGGUUGAAAAAUAGUCAUGCAUCCUGUAUAAAGUCCUUCACAACCCAUUAAUCCGUUAAUCAUAUCAUAUUUAAUAAUCUUAAAAAAAACAAUGGAGUUUUUUUAAAAGCCUAGUUUUAUUGGUUUUGCCAUUGUAACAUACACUUUGCACCCAAUGGUAAUAUGCAUUAACUAAUUAAUUACUGAUUAUAUUAUCAAAUACCUACAUGUUGCAGAUAAGGAUCUACUUCAUAAUUUUAAAAUAUUUUUGUAAUUUUAUGUUAGCCUUAAACUAAUAAAUAAUUGAAAUUAUUGAUCUUGUUUGUGUGGAUGGUAGUCAUCAAGACGGGCACUUUGUAAAAUAAUGUUAUUUUUGACAUGGAGUAGUAUUAUAGUAUUAUUUUGGGCCAAGCUCGAAUUUAGAGGUGAGUAGGGCAGGAUAGCGAUCAGGUAUGUAUUUUAAAAUCUGGCGCCUUAGGCCACUUAUGAUUUGCAACCCUUCCUCCCUUGAAAUAGCUGACGCAGAAAUACAGCUGCUGCAGACCAAGUCCGUAUAUUCGCAAUCGCCCCCGCAGGGGUUGCCAUUGGAGGCAAAUAAUAAUAAAAUAACUCCCUUCAUGGUCAACUGAGUCUACAGGACACUGAGCCUACGGGCUAAGUUAACCAAUAUUUUUUGUUGUGGGCCACUCAGCCCCACUGAUCGGACAACCAGCGAGCUUAAAGUGGCUUCCACACGAUACAAUUUUACGUCCAAUUUGAUUAGAAUUGUGUUGUGUGGACGGAAAUAUGAAAUUGAAGGUCAUUGGAUGGUCGGUAUCGCCCGAUUCGGGAUUGCCCAAUCAAAUUGGGUGGUGUGGACGCUAACUGGCCAAUUUUUUAACGUAGUCACUGUGCAAGCGGCGUUCAGAGCGGGUGUGUGCGUUGACUUGUCUUUUGAGAAGAAGAGGAGCAACAUGACGACAAUAUUAUGUCUAUUCUAUCUGAACGGGAAGUAAUGGAGGAGAUUUUAGAUAUAUAAAAAGACUUGUCAUGCCUUUGGGAUGUGUCUAACCCAUUAUAUAAAAAUAAACAAGCAAGGCAUAAUUCCUUAGAGAUUUUGCGGAAUAAGUGGAAAAAUAUUGAUAAAAAUAUUACUCUUUAAGUAUAAUUAUAUUUAAGUGACUCAAUUGAUUUUUUUUUAGUAACUAUUGUUUUGUCCACAGUCUUCAUUUUCUUUUUUCUCAUCUACUUUGUAGUUAGAGCCAAGAUUAAUCCAAUUUUUUGCUUCUUGGUAAGAGGCAUCCUAAUACAAACAAGUCCGUUCAGCAGAGGCAACAAAUAAAACUGAAAUUGACGAUCUUGUGUAUGUGUAGACGGAGGACCAGAUUGUACCCAUUUAAAUCGGCAAUCAGAUUGGCAAUCAAAUUGUGUCGUGUGGAAGGGGUUUAAGACAUAUGCCAGACGGAUGUAAUCCAACGUACCAACCAAGGUGACCUUGUCCGUUGCCAUCCAUCUAGACGAAGGAUGCAAUCCAAAUUUUGAUUUGACCUUAAACGUCCAUGGAUUACGGGCGCGUGAUUACAUCCGUGGUUGGAUGGCGUGGAUUAAAACCGUUUGGCCGGCGGAUUACAUCCAACCACGUGACCAAAGAUAAAUGCGCUGUGGCAGUCAGCGGGUGCGCACGUAUUCAUGUAAAAAAAUUCGUCCGAAGAUCAGAAUCGCGAACGCGAUAUUACUAGUGAACUAAUUGAUCUCUAUAGAGAUCUCCCAUGCUUAUGGGACAUUACGUCGCGAUCAUAUAAAGAUGUUCGUCAAAAAAAAAUGCGUGGGAGAUAUUACUCGAAAGGUAUAGGGAGUUGGACAUAAGUUUGAAUGGCUGAGAAUCAGUCGGUUUUGUAACCAACGCUUCAUCCACAUUCGCUUUUUUGUUGUUUUUCGUCGUCUAUUGCACACAAAACUGUUAAGGCAAAGCCCAUAUUUUGAAAGGACAAUGGGCAAAAUUGCAUGGACACUGCACCCACGUCCGCCACGGCUUAAACUACAUUUGUUUGAAAGGUAUCAUAGUCAUGAUCAUUUGUGCCAAAGCGCAUCAAAUUCCAUCCCGGGAGUCUUUAGUUAUUUUAAGUUAAAUAGGUACAAUUCCAUAGGUAAUAGUAACUAUAACGAACAUAAUAUUUAAAGAUACAAGGACGAGUAUAUAGAACGGAUAUAUUAAUUGACGACCACGGAGGUCGUCAAUUAAUAUAUCCGAGUCGAGUGGUUUGUACGCCGGGUUUCAUGGU